ACCUCGGAGACCCAUACCAUGUCUUGUUGCUAAGGAAUCAUUGACUCCUCCUAAGCAUAUACUACUUGAUUGAGAAAAACUUAGCAGUUCACUACAUUGCAACCAUUGUUCUCUUACCUUUCUCUGAAAAUCCAUUCACUUUGCUGUUGUUGAGAUCAUAUCAUCAUGGCUGGUGCACUUGUUGGUGGAGCUUUCCUUUCUGGCUUCAUUAACGUUGUCUUUGACAGGUUGCUCACAAUGGAUACGGUCAACCGGGUCUUGGGCAAGAAACUUGGCCCUGGCUUGGUUGAGAGGCUGAAAAUUUCUCUGCAUGCUGCUGAAGCUGUGCUUGAUGAUGCUGAGUACAAGCAACUGGGUGAUGAUCGUGUGAGGGAUUGGCUCAACUGUCUGAGAGAUGCUGUUUAUGAUGCUGAUGACUUUCUGGACGCUGUACUCACCAAAGCCGCCACUCAAAAGGAGGUACGUUCUUUGUUGCCUAGUUUCUUCCUCAACCGACAUAGGAAGAUGGUAGAUAACAUGGAAGGGGUGGUUUCAAGAAUAGAAUUUCUUGUAAGGCAAAAAGAUAUCCUUGGUCUUCAAAAGAAUAAGGAUAAUAACUUGUCAUCAUCAUGGCGAGAAACCACAUGUCUGAUGGAAGGGAACAUAUAUGGCAGGGAGGAUGAUCAACAAGCUUUGAUCAAAACAAUAAAUGACAACAGUGAAUCUCAGUUAUCUGUGAUUCCUAUUGUUGGCAUGGGUGGGGUUGGUAAAACAACCUUAGCCAAAUGGACGUACAGUGUCGUGGAAGGAUUUGAUCUGAAAGCAUGGGUCUGCAUCUCUGAAACAUUUGAUGUUGCUGAGAUUACAAAGAAAACCAUUGAGGAGAUUACUAAAAAUUCUUGUACCCUUGGGAGUUUAAAUUUGCUUCAAAAUAAACUGCAGGAAAUCUUGUCGGCAAAGAAGUUCUUUUUUGUUCUAGACGAUGUCUGGAGCGAAGAUGCCGAUAAGUGGAAGCAAUUUAUAGCUCCUUUUCACUGUGGGGCUAAGGGUAGUUCAAUUCUACUUACAACUCGUAUGAAAGAGGUUGCUUCAGUAGUUCAAACAUGUCCCGCUCACUUUCUUAAUGAGUUGUUAGAAGAGUACUGUUGGUUAUUGUUUGCAGCCAAUGCAUGUUUUCCGGAGUCAAACGGUAAUCCAACAUUAGAGGGAAUCGGUAGAAAGAUUGUCAAGAAGUGUAAAGGGUUGCCAUUAGCUGUUGAAACACUUGGGCGCUUGUUGCGAGGAAAGGAUGAUGCUAAAGAAUGGAAUGCUGUUUUAAGGAGUGACAUCUGGGAAUUUUCCUUGAAAAAUUGUAAAAUUAUUCCAGCAUUGUUAAUAAGCUACUUCCAGCUCCCUGCCUAUUUAAAGCGUUGCUUCGUUUAUUGUGCAUUGUUUCCCAAAGAUUACAAAUUUUAUAAAGAUAAACUAAUUUUGCUGUGGAUGGCUGAAGAUCUUUUAAGGCUACCAAAGAGAGGAGAGAGUUUAGAUGAGGUUGGUUCUGAGUGUUUUGAAGAAUUAACUUCAAGGUUUUUUUUUAAACCAACGAAGUUUCUUUAUGAGAGUUACGUGAUGCAUGAUCUCUUGCAUGACUUGGCAAUAUUCCUUGCUGGAGACUUCUAUUGUAGAAUAGAAGAGCUUGGUGAACAAGAAAAGAAGAAGGUUCUCACUCGUCAUUUGUCACAGUUGCCAAAUGGAAGGUUAGAUCAUCCAAUCUCAAAAGUCUUUAAGUCCAUUGUGAAAUCAGAAUCUUUGAGGACAUCUUUGUAUAUCAAUGAUUUGUUAAGCAUGAAAAGCGGAGCAUCAAAGUUGAAAUACUUGAGAGUUUUAUCCUUUUGGGGACUUGGUGCAUUACCUGAUUCAAUAGGUAAAUUGAUUCAUCUACGCUAUUUGAAUCUCUCUUGGACCUAUGUGAACACAUUACCAGAGUCAUUAUGCAACUUGUAUAAUCUACAAACAUUAAUAUUGUAUAAAUGUUCGAAGCUGACCAUGUUGCCCAAUGACAUGCAUAAACUUGUGAAUUUACGGCAUCUUGAUCUUAGGAGAACUUCUUUGAAAGAAAUGCCUAGAGGAAUAAGUAAAUUGAAAAUGCCUAUUUUAGAUUACUUUGUGGUGGGCAAGCACAAAGACAAUGGAAUCCAGGAAUUAGGAGGACUCUCAAAUCUUGAAGGAUCAUUUGAGAUUAAGAAGUUGGAGAAUGUUGCUGAUGUCAGACAAGCCAGGAGUGCAAGGAUGUCGGAGAAGAACCACAUUGACAAGUUAUUGUUGGAAUGGUCUUGGGAUCGUGAGAUGGUUUCAAACACAGAGACCGAGAGAGACAUACUCGACGGCUUGCAACCGCACACUGGCUUGAAAAAGUUGAGAAUCGAGCGAUAUAUGGGCGAAAGAUUUCCAGAUUGGGUGGGACACUGUUCUUACAACAAAAUGACUAGUGUAACACUAGCAUCUUGCAAGAAUUGCUGCAUGCUGCCUUCACUUGGACAACUGCCAUCUCUCAAGUCCCUGCGCAUUGAAGGUUUUCGUCAGCUCAAGCGUAUUGGUGAUGAGUUUUACAAGAGUGACAGCGAUCAUCAUUCUUUGCCUACUGCACCGUUUCCUUCACUCGAGGAAUUGGUGUUUCGUGAGAUGCCAUGCUGGGAGGAGUGGUACGUACCUGAUCCAGAAGCUUUUCCUCAGCUUAGGAGACUUGUAAUAAAAUAUUGUGGAAUGUUAAAGGGAGAUGUGCUUAACAGCAUAUUGUGGAGAAGGGUUUGUUGUUUGCGGGAAGAUGAUGAAGGAAGGUCUGAUGAGAUGGUAGGUGGUGGGGAUGCUUUAUCAAUAAGGGCAUGUGAAUCAUUCAAUGCAAGGACCAAUUGGUUACCCAAAUCUCUGCAAAAGCUGAAAAUCUUGUGGUUCCCAAAAUUUGAAUUCCUCGAGCACAAGUAUGAUUUGGUAGAGCUACGAAUAAGAUACAGUUGUGAUUCACUGAGCUCCUUGUCGUUGGAUGUCUUUCCCAAUCUCAAGAAUUUGGAGAUAAUAAAGUGUAGGAAUCUGGAAUCAGUGUCAAUGUCAGAGGCACCACACGCUGCUUUUGAAUGUAUCUCCAUCUAUGAUUGCCCUGAAUUAGUGUCAUUUGGAGGAGAAGGACUGGCUGCACCCAACUUGACUCAUCUCACCAUCUCUGAUUGUCCUGAGUUAGUGUCAUUUGCGGGUGAAGGACUGGCUACACCCAACUUGACUCAUCUCAGCCUCAUACGAUGCUGGAAGUUGGAGGCAUUACCACUUGACAUGAAGAGUCUACUCCGAAAUCUACAGUCUCUUCAUAUAUCUGGUUGCCUAAACAUUUGCAGGUUGGCAGAGGGUGGUUUGCCGCCUAACUUGAAAGAGCUUCAUGUGGGAUUUUGCGAGCAACAAAUGAGGGAUCUAUCAUGGAUGCCCAACUUGCAUGCCCUCACUCAUCUCACAAUUGUUGGUUGUCUUUGUGAUAGCGUGACGUCAUACCCAGAGGUGGGUUCACUGCCUCACCUUCCCUCCCUUACCACUCUCAAGAUAUGCUCCUUUCCUAAUCUGGAGACAUUGGAGUGCAUCGAGCUUCUCCGCCUCACCUCCCUUCAACAAUUGCACAUUUCAUUCUGCAAGAAGCUGGAGAAUAUGAAAGGAGAAAAGCUGCCUCCCUCUCUCUUGCUACUCAAAAUUGAAGACUGUGGUUUGCUGGGAGAACACUGCAGGAACAAGCAUCAACUAAUCUGGCCCAAAAUUUCCCACAUCCCCACCGUUAAAUUUUCUGAAUAGAGAUUUCUGAGCCGACAAAUUCACAAGGUGAUGAAGGUAUGUAGCUAAUGCAGACAUGAUUCAAGAAUAUGCUUUCCACAUUUAAAGAUGACAAUCCUGUACCUGAAAUAGUCAUUAGAAGAUACAUUGUUAUGAAGUAAAAGUGGCAAAACUGCAGAUAUUUCAUCAUAUAUAAACUUAUACAAAUAUUUUAGCUACAGGAGAUACAAGGAGGAUUAAGCAGAGAAAGUCAAAGAUUAUGAAACACAAAUAAUCUCAGUGGCAGAAAAAGAUAGGGAAACUUGAAAGCAAAACACACAACACUUGUAUCAAUAGAAGCUUGUUGAUAGAAUGCAAUGAAAUGUUUAGCUGCUGCAUUCAUUACUGAGAGAAAGGGUGAAUCCUAGUGACAUAUACGCAUUAAAAAGUCAUCUCUAAUUUUCCAACUACCUCUUUUUUCCCAUUUGGUAUUUAUGCUGUGUAAACAUUAUUUGAUCUUUGUUUGGUAAGUAUUAAGCUCGAGGGAGUGUGAGCUCAAAAACACCUCAUCAGAAGUUGUUUGUUUUCUUUUCAUGGAAGAAGAGUCUUUGGGUUAAAGUGAAACACUGUUGUAGUUAUACUAGCUUAGGUUCUUGGUGGUGUUGUUUGACUGAAAUUCUAUUAUUUAACCUAAGGCUGAAAUUUGUAUGUUGGAGCUUCAUUAUCUAUCUGUAAAUAAAUAAAUAAUAAUUUAUAUAUUACUUCCAGGGCAA